ACAUCCAGUCCCUUUUUUAUAGUGCGUGAUACAAAAAAUAAAAACCGCAAAGAACACGGUUCUGAAACAAUCGUAAAUUGAAAGCUUAACAGGAUUGGCUUUUAGUGCAACCUUCAAGGAUAUUCUGUCAAGGCUGCCAAGAAUCCAGUAAAAUAUCUGAAACUAUUCAACAGAAUUUGUCAUAAAAAUGCGCUUCCUUGCUCUUUCAACACUGCUCCUGGCCUCUUUGGCCCUCAGCCAGGCCCAACAAUCCGGUGGACUGGCGGUCGAAAUUCAGAAGCAGCGGCUCGUAAAAUUUCCCGAGGAGUUUGAGCCCAGUGCGGCGCCUCCGUCCUCGGAAAAGGCGGACGAGGCCAAGCGCAUCCUCGAGCAGAUAGCCAAGGUCAACGAGGCCUUUGGCUACGUGAAGAAGCAGCCGGAGCAGCCCAAGCUGCCGCCCAUCCUCGACUCCAGUCAGUAUCUCUUCCCCAAGCCCGCCCAUCAGCCCUUCCAUGCCCAUCAGCACCACUUUGAGGGCAGUAAUGGUCAGACCCUACUGGAACCCUCAAUUAGGGCGGUGAAACUCACGAGGAAUGUGGCAGGGAGUUACAAUCUGCCGCCCAGAUUGCGCCACGCGGCACAGAGCUCCUCCAAGGAGGAGAAGCAGAAGACCCAGCUGUACUUCCGACCCAACCAAGUGCAGGUGCCCAAACCCAGUUCGGAACAAGAAGCCCAACAAUUACCCGCCCACUUUGUCAUACCCGUGCACCUAUACAAACUCAACAAGGACGAGUAUCUCAAGGAGCACGCCUCCCAGGAGUACAAGGUCAAGGGCUACAAGAUCAUAGGCGACGUGGACAGCUUCUAUGGCAAGGGAAAGGCUGCAAGGAAACAGGGCAAGACCACGCCCAAGUAUCAUCUGUUCUUCCUGCCCCGCGAACUGGCCCUUAACGAGGAUGGUACUCCAAAGAGGGGGAACUCUACUACCAUUGGAACCACUACCACCACUACGAAAUCUCCAACUCCAACUUCCGUGAACUUCAAAGAAUACCGGUUGGAUUCCCGAGAGAAGCCUAUACAUAAGCCUCAGCCUCAGAAGAUUCAGCCCAGUUUGGCACCAGAAUUGAUUACCCUCAGCUCAUUGAACAGAAAAAAGGUUAGCUCCACGGCAAAACCCGUGAGGUUGAGUGGAAAGGAAGCUGAACAGCAAAUAACCCAGAGUUCUUCAUCCCUAAACAUCAAAUCCACAUCUGCUCCUGCCCCUCUCAGUUCCACUUUACCGCCAUCCGGUGGCCUUCUGCCCAAUCGGAAUCGCUUGAAUCCCUUCCGCAUGCCCGGCGUGAAUAUCGCUGAGAUGCAGAACCAAACCUCGGCGGCCAUUAAGAAUGCCUUCCAGAACAUAUUCAAGCUGCCCUUCCGACCUCCUAUGGCGGCUUCAACUGUGGGUGAGGGUCCUGUGAUCAUGGGCAAUGUGCCCGAGAAAAAUCAGGCCAUCGAAUCUGUGGACUACAAGUGGGAGGAUGAGAGCGAGGGAGCUGGCGAUGGUAUGAUGUCCGAUGAUGUGGACACCGUAGAGAACACCGCGGCAGAACUGGACAACAGUGCAUCCUCGGAGAAGCACCUGUUUGCGCACAAGACCCAUCACUUGAUGAACACCAUCGGCCAGGUGGCCACCGCCCAGCAGAGCACCCAAAAGCAGGCUCUCCGCGAAGGAGGAAUCAUCAUUCAGCGGCUGAAGGUGCGCAGGGGCGGCAUUGCGAUCGCAGGUCCAGGAGGCGUGGCCACAGCGGGCAGCGGUGGUACGGCAAUUGUGGGUCCCGGGGGCUAUGCCCUCACCCAUCCACGCAGUCUCACUAUUGCCGGUCCUGGGGCCAAGGUGAUCUCCAUACCAGCGAAUGUGGACCUUAAAGAUGCCCUGGCACGCACCGAUCUGGAGACGAGGAGUUUUCCGCGGGAGGGCAAGAUUGUGGCCACGGGACCCACGGUCUACUAUGCCCCACCCACGGGCACAACCACGAUGGAGGAGGAGGAACAGGGGGCGGGACAGUUUGAGUCUGAGGCUUAAUCCUAAUAGCCAUUAAUUGGCAUUUUUAGUUAGGAUCUAUAGUUGGUAUUGUCUAGUGUUUUAAUAAAUAUUCAUAUUUUGU